UAUGGUGGCUUUCGCUGUAUUUUCGAUUCAGUUAGCAGUGAAAUGAAGGUCCAAAGGGUUUGCUUUGUACUGGCCCUGUCUUUCUUCCCAUGGGACUCAACUUACGCUUCAGGUCCAGUUUACCAGACUGUUUGCAGGCGGACAGGUGGCUCAAUAAGUUGUUAUCAAGACGGCACUUGGAGCUACAACGAGCGUACUCAUAAAUGUUAUCGUGUCCAAAAGAAUAAGGAGCCAUGUGGCUUUUUCGAUGGCGAAAAGGGUUGCAAGGACUUCUGCUUGAAGAACACUGGAUAAAUCAGAAUGAGCAGUCCUUUCCGAAAUAUGCAUUAUCUUUACUUUGUACAACUCUGCUAACUGUUGUUGAUAAUAAUCUAUAGCCGUGGAAAUUACA